AUGAGAUCUAAGCAGCAUGUUUCCUAUGAAGACAGUUAUGGGUUAAAGAAAAAUGACUCCUCUGAGAUUAACUACAGUUCUCAUUUGCAACCAUACCAGAUUCAGAAUGACUUCCAAGGAAACUUUCUGGAGAAUGCCACGAUUCCAGUACAUGAGGUUCCAUUUGUUGAGGAGCCAAACCUCCUUCAACAGUAUAAGGACUCAGGCCUCAGCUCCAGUACCUAUGAGCUUAGCCAGUACAUCAGUGAUUCCUCCAACCAUUAUGAAGCAGCUCCUUCAAAGGACUGGAGCCCAAUUCAAGGAGCAGAAGACUCAUUAGCUGCUGUGCACCCUGUGGCACCCCAGAAGUUUUCCCUCCCCCAUGUACCUGUUUGCUUUGGAGCUGGGGGGCAGCUCAUCCGAGGAUGUCCUAAUUAUCCAGCAGAGGGGCAGCCUGCCCUUGUGGAAAUACACAGCCUGGAGGUGAUUUUACAUGACACGCCUGAGCAAGAGGCAAUGAGAGCCUUUCCAGGACCUCUAAUCAGGGAGGAUCUGCACAAGAUGGAUGUGAUGACUUUUUGCCAACGCAGAGCAGCCCCGGGCUGGAACCUGGCAUCCAACCUUGGCAGAGAUUCUGCCUUGCUUUGGAAACUGCUUCUCCUUCUUUGCCGACAGAAUGGUUCUAUGGUAGGAUCAGAUAUAGCUGAGCUGCUGAUGCAAGACUGCAAGCACCGGGAGAGAUACAAGAGACAAGAGCCAGUGGCCAAUCUGAUCAACCUGACAGAUGAAGAGUGGUCAGUGCAGGGCUGCGGGGCGACAGAUCUUCUCACAGGGGAGAUCAUUCCAAGUGCUGGCACACCACAGCAAAAAGUGGAAAAGUUCACCCAACUUCUCUACUAUGGCAGAAAGAAAGAAGCUCUGGAUUGGGCCAUGAGAAACCAACUGUGGGGCCAUGCUCUCUUUCUGUCAAGCAAGAUGGACCUGAGGACCUACAGCUGGGUCCUGAGUGGGUUUACUAGCACACUGGCCUUCAAUGAUCCUCUGCAGACACUUUUCCAGCUCAUGUCUGGAAGGAUACCUCAAGCAUCUCAGUGCUGUGGAGAUGAGAAAUGGGGUGACUGGAGGCUCCACUUGGCUGUUAUCCUGUCCAAUCAAGUAGGAGGCAAGGAGUUGAAUCCCAGGGCUAUUGUCACCAUGGGAGAUACAUUGGCUGCCAAAGGGUCCAUUGAAGCAGCUCACUUCUGUUACCUGAUGGCAAAUGUUCCCUUUGGACACUAUGGAAUUAAAACAGAUCGCAUGGUGUUGCUGGGUAGUAGCCAGAGUCAGUCAUUCUCCCACUUUGCAAGGACAGAGUGUAUCCAGAGGACUGAGAUUUUUGAAUAUUGCCAAUUGCUUCAGUGCCCCAAAGCUUUCAUCCCCUCUUUCCAGGUGUACAAAUUGAUUUAUGCCUCUUACCUUGUGGACUAUGGUCUCACUGCCCAGGCCUUACAUUACUGUGAAGGGGUUGGAAUGGCACUCCUUACCCAGAGCCAGAACAUGUACCCUGUCCUCCUGGAACAAGUCAUCAAGCUGGCAGAACGACUAAAACUAUCUGAUCCACGGCUCCUGGAGAGACCUGAACAAGAAGUGACUUUGGAACCAGAUUGGCUUAUGGAGCUUCGAGACCGACAUCGGCAGUGGGAGGAGGAAGGAGGUCUCCUCGGUGCUACAUCCAUACAACCAGAAUUUCCUGGGAUCAGUGGACCAAUACCAGGUUUGGCUCCCUGUUCAGAGCUUGCACAAAGUCAAGGAUGCAUGGCAGAUCUGGACCACCAAGCUUCUUCUCCUCUGUCACCAGGAGCCUCAGCUCAGUGCCAUGAACCAAGUAUGGACCAGGAACUAUAUCUCCAUCCUAGACCUGGACUUCCGUUAGAUACAACAGAUGCUGAUUUAGAGAUACAUCUACCAGGGAUUGGCCAAGCCUCUAUUUUGUCACUAGGAGGACCUCCAGAUGAACUCUCAUCAUGUUUGCACCAGCCACCAGGAGACACUGUGGAAUCCUCUGGGCCAUAUCACUUCCCAGGGGACCAGAAGAACUUUUUGGAGCAUCAUCAGAAGACAAUAAAUGCCCGGACCCGGUCUGUCUCUGAGAGUUCCACUAUAUCCAUUACUGAGGAUACCUCACAAUCCUUGGAAGAAGGUACAGAGGAGGGAGUUGCAUCAGAGAAACCACCAGUGGAAGAGGCAGAGCAAGAUCAAGCCCAGGCCUCUAGCUCUGGCUGGUUCAGUUGGUUCCGAUCCAAACCAAAUAAAGAUGCAAACUCUUCCAAGAAAGUACCAGCUUCCCUCUUAAACUCCACUGUUCCUGUUUCCCAGGAGAAAGGAGCUCCGCCACCUUCCCUUCCUCCCAUAGAUGUGAUGAAGUCUUCAUCUCUUCCUCCUCCCCGUUUUUCUCAUCUACCUCACACAGAUGGCAACCCUUUUUCAAAACGCUCUCUGGGAACAAGAAAUCCGCUAGGUUUUAGCAGCAGAGAAGAAACCAUUUUUCCAAAUGCUGGGGACCAGGCUAGUUUUGUCACAUCCCCAAGAAGAGGAACAGUUCCACACUUCAUUCCCACUAAGGUCACCACACCAGGAGCAUCUGGCACUGGACAUCAACAAUAGAAAAAUAUCCAGUGACACUGCCCAUGUUAUCUGUAGUGAUCAAAGCCCUCCAUAAUAUUUCUCCCUCUCUGACAGAUCAAAGGCCAAUUCUUUCCUUUAUUUCUCUAUCUACAGGGUAUCACCAAAGUUUGAGGGGUGAACAUUUGCCUCUUCCCCUAUUGUUUGUUAAGUACUUUUGGACAAUGAGGUUCAGCCAGUGGUGUACAGUUGGGAACCUUUUAACUUGUAAAAAACAACAACACAAAAUAAAGAUUUCUCAAGUA